AUGUCCUCUUUGCUUGAAAUUGUUCUUCUGCAGCAACAAACUGUAAAACUCUUGCUUGGGAUACUUGUAAUUUCAGUAGCAAUAUUUGUCGCAACAGCAGCAACUGAAGUAUCCAAUUCCAGCUGCAACAGAACAUGUGGAUCGCUUGAAAUUCCCUACCCAUUUGGAACAUCCGAAGGCUGCUACCUUGACUCAUCUUUUCUCAUUACUUGUAACUCUUCCUCCUCCUCCAACUCCGAGACGAGUACUCCAACACCAUUUCUGCGCGUUGGUAACAUAGAGGUACUCAACAUAUCAUUGGAUGGUGAACUGCGAGUUUCAACUUAUAUAGCCCGUGAUUGCCCACAGGAAUCGAACUAUAAUUUCAACAAUAGAUAUACCUCUCUCGGCCUGCGAGAGUUUCCCAUCUCAUAUACAAAGAACGUGUUCACCACUGUUGGUUGCGACACUCUGGGGCUCAUUGGAAGUUUUGCCUCAGACAAGAAUUCUACAACAGGAUGUGUUUCAGCCUGUGACAGCAUCGACGGUAUGGUUAACGGGUCUUGCUCUGGCAUAGGAUGUUGCCAAACUCCUAUCCCAAAUGAAAUAAAAGAUUUUAUUGUGUCGGUUAAGCACUCCAAUGUGAGCGAAUUCAAUCCAUGUGGUUUCGCUUUUGUGGUUGAAGAAAAAGCAUACAACUUUUCCACCUUAGAUCUUCAGAAUAUGCAGGAUAAAGAAGUUGUUCCCUUGGUGUUAGAUUGGGUAGUUGGGAACCAGACAUGCGAAGAUGCUAAGAAGAAUACUACAGGAUACGCAUGUAAGGCAGCGAAUAGUGAAUGUUACAAUUCUACAAAUGGUCCUGGGUAUCGCUGCAACUGCUCCUUAGGCUAUCACGGAAACCCAUAUCUCUCUGGUGGUUGCCAAGGUACAUAA